GCCGGGAUAAUUCUGCUAGCGACCUGUAAAGACACUAGCAAGCGCGCGUUUGCGGCAAGAGCCGUAUCGGUGGCGACAGGCAUCGUUUUGCUGCGACAAAUACUGCUCGUUACCGCUGGUUUGCAAGGCUUCCCUUGUAAGCAUCGCUGUGUGCUAGUUUCAUCUCCAGGCUGCUGGCGCCAAGAGGCCAAGAGGCCAAACCGCUGCGCGCGAGGCCUUCAGGACCGUGCAACAACGAUGUUCUACGCCCAGUGGUCCCGCCGCGACGUCAGGCCUCGAGACCCGGCCACGCACCGGCUGCGGGUCGACGCGCGCGCCAUCGCGCCUCCGGAGCCCAGGGAAGAAGACCCUACGAACGCGGACGGCUGCCGCUUCCGCGACUCAUUUAAAUAUACGGAAGGCGCCUCAUUUAAAGUCGGCGACUGCGUCAUGGUGCAGUUGGAGGGCGAAGGUGUAAGAGAAGGCGAGUCGCUGCGCCACGCGGCCGCGCAAAUAUUACAAAUCUGGUGGCCGGCGCCCGAAGAAGACGAAGACGAGGACGAGCCCUGGGCCGAAGUGCGCUGGCUUUAUUGUGCGGAGGAGAUCGUGCCCGCCAAAAGAAGGCCGGCGCCGGCGGCCAAGUACGCUGAUAGAGAAGUUUUUGAAACGACGCACGUCGACGAGGUGCCGGCGUCGUCGCUCAUGGGGUGUGUUGAGGUUUUAUCGUAUGAUGCGUAUGUGCAAAGAAGACAGAAGGAGGACCGGAAGGCUAUGAAAGAUGUUUUUUUUUGUCGGUAUGUGUGGGAGCCCGGCGCGCAGCUGACGGAGUGCGGGCCGGCGGCGGAACGAUGUCGGAGGGCCCAGGCCUUGUGUCGGAAGGGCCGCGGUAUUAAAAGAAGGGGCGCGGCCUGGGACGGCGAUGUGGUGAGCGAUGAAGAACAUAUCCCUGAAGACCACGCGACGCGCGGGCCGCGAGAUAGGUUGAGACGGGCCAGCAAUGCGCUGCAGCUGUCGGCGGCGCCGAAGAGACUGCCGUGUCGGGAGAACGAGCGGGAUACCAUCGAGAAUUUUGUUUUGGAGAUGCUGAGCGCGCCAGGCGGCGACGGACGGACGUUGUACGUGGCGGGCAUGCCGGGCACUGGGAAAACAGCAACAGUAAGGGAAGUUGUAAGAGCAUUACAAGAAACAGGCAACGCGUUUCGGUUCGUGGAGGUGAACGCGAUGCGGCUGCCGCAGCCGAACCACGCGUAUGCGUUGCUCUGGGAGGCGCUCACCGGCGAAAAACGAGGCGCCGACGCGGCGGCGCGAUUACUGGAUAAGCGCUUCUCGUCUGGGGAAGAGCAGGAGGAACGGGUCGUGGUCCUAGUGGACGAGCUCGAUUACAUGCUGACGCAGCGGCAGGAAGUGCUCUACAACCUCUUCGAGUGGCCCGGGCGGAAGAACGCGGGCCUCGCGGUCAUCGGCAUCGCCAAUACCCUAGAUCUGCCGGAAAGGUUGGAUCCGAAGGUCCGGUCGCGGCUGGGGUCGCGAAGGCUGACCUUCGCGCCCUACAAACCGGCCCAGAUCGAGUCCAUCCUGACGCAGCGCCUCUCGGCCGGCGACCUGAGCGCGGCGUUCCAGCCGCAGGCCGUGACGAUGGCGGCGCGCAAGAUCGCGGCCUACUCGGGCGACAUCCGGCGCGCGUUAUUGAUUUGUAGUAGGGCCACGGAGCUCUGCGCCGAGCGGGCGGACGCGGCGCGGCGCGCGGGCGACGAAGCUACUCCGAAAGAAAAAGAAUAUGUUGUCACCAUCGCCGACGUGAACGCGGCGGACCGGGGCCUUAGGGAGUCGGCCUACCUCGGCGCGAUCGAGCACGCGGCGCCGCUGGAGCAGUUGGUGUUGAUCGCGCUCUGCGCGGAGCUGCGCGCGCGCAAGUCGGAGACGGCGCCGCUCGAAGACGUCGCGCGGCGCCUCGCGCGGCUCGUCGCGCUCGCGGGCGACGCGGGCGACUCCUCGCGCCCGCCGACGCACGGCGAGCUGCUCGAGAUCGUCGACCGCUUCGCCGACGCGCGGCUCCUCGCGACGGAGCACCUCAAGCGGGACGACCGCUUCCCCGCGCUGCGGCUGAACAUCCAGGACGGCAUCGUCGCCGACGUGCUGAUCAACGCUUCGAAGCACCCGCUGGCCGAGCGGUUCCUGCGGGACUAAUGUUUAUUGGUACAACA